AAAACUAAAAAUCAAAGAAGAGAUUUUGAUGAUUGUGUUCUUAAAUUAAUGCUUCCUUUUGACCAGAAAGAUAUUGGACGUGGCGUCGUUGGAUUGAGAUCAUAUUCUCAUAAACCUAGAAACUAGGGUUUCAUCUUGUUAAGGAUUAGAUGAAUCAACCGUCCAAGAAGAAGAAUUUCCGGAAAAGGAAUUGUUAUGAUUCGGAAGAUGGAGGAGACGAGGGAAACUCCGUUACCGCCAUAACGGAGGAGGAAGAAGAGCACAGGAUGGCAUUGGAGGAGGUAAAAUUUCUCCAGAAACAGAGGGAGAGAAGGGCCGGAAUUCCUGCAGUUCCUCCAGUAUCGACUCAGAUCACCACCGCCGGUGCUGGCGGAGCCAGCGGCGGCGGCGGUCUUGUUAGGAAAUCCGCCGAUGCUAACAGUAAAACUGGUGGUGGUGGGGGCAAUAAGAAUGAAAGUGCGGGAGGCGAAGGCGACAAGGAUGAUUUGGUCCUUCAGGAUACCUUCGCUCAGGAAACUGCCGUCAUGGUUGAAGAUCCCAAUAUGUUGAAGUAUAUCGAACAAGAACUUGCAAAGAAAAGGGGAAGAACUGUUGAGACUGUAGAAGGAGCUGAGAAUGACUUGAAGCAGGCAGAAGAUGAACUAUACAAAAUCCCAGAGCAUCUUAAAGUUAAAAGACGAAAUUCUAAUGAAAGUUCCACUCAGUGGACUACUGGGAUUGCAGAGGUUCAGCUUCCUAUUGAAUUCAAGUUGAAGAACAUUGAGGAAACUGAGGCUGCUAAAAAGCUUCUACAGGAAAAGAGAUUUGUAGGUCGUUCAAAGUCAGAGUUCAGCAUCCCCUCAAGUUAUAGUGCUGAUUAUUUUCACCGUGGCAGGGAUUAUGCUGAAAAACUCAGAAGAGAACAUCCUGAGCUAUACAAGGAUAGAAGUUUGCAAGAUGAUGGUUCUGGCUCCAAACCAGCUGAGACUGGCACAGAGGCUGCAGGGCAAAGGCAGGCUGCCACAGAUGAGUUCAUGCUAGAACGCUUCCGGAAACGCGAACGUCAUCGUGUUAUGCGGAGAUGACACAUUUCUCAAACUGUUGUUUCUCUGCAAUUGCAAGUAACCUACUUGACAAAUUAACCAUCAAGGAUAAAGAUCUUAGUCCUAGAAGUAUCCUUUCACGUCAGGAUAGUCAUCUCAGGACCUCAGGUUACGGAGGAAAGAAAUUCAUAGUUCAUAGUUGUAAAGUCGGCUGAGUGACUUAUGAGUUGAAGUAAGUUUUGGAUAUAAUGAUAUUGAUAAUGUGAUUUGCCCUCUUUGGCCUAGCUGACCGUGUCUUCGUCUAAAUGUUGAGAUUGAGAACAUGUACAAUAUUGAUGUCAGAAAAAUGAAGAAGUACAAACUAAUAUUUAUAUAUUUUGAUGUGGUUGAUAUCUUAUGCUUAUAUGUUAUUAAAUGAUGUCUUAGCUAA